UAAAUAAAAUUAACAAAAUAAAAAAAAACAUAAAAAAUCUACAAACAAAAAACCGUAUCAUGUUGUAAAAGAAGUAAAAAUAAGGAAGAAGUGGAUACGCCAAGGAAAUAUAACAAAUGUUUGUUAAUCGCCGAUCUUUAAACCACUAACAAUAAUCAACUAAAUGAAAAUAUAUCUUCGGCGAUAGGACAACAAAAGCGAAGAUAAAACAAUCUAAUUAUGGCUGAAUAUCAUGAAUAUACGGAUCAGUAUAAAGUACCGGUUAUAGCCAAACUACUACAUGCUCUGCCACACUACAAUAUAACGUUCCAUAAGAUAAAUAGUACUUUUCGACCUAACGAUGAAAUAUAUUUGGAGAGUCUGGGCAUUUUGGGUUCGGUGCCAGCUGCUUUGUUAAUUGUCUCUCUGCUGGGGUUGCUGCUUUAUUUGAUGACAAGAUGCUGUGAUCGUAAACCCCGACCGGCCCACUCUAUAACGAGUUUAAAAGUGGCCCUAUCCAUAGUAACUGUUAUGUGCUGUGCUGCCAUUGGUUUGGGACUUUAUGGUAAUGAUGAUUUACACAAUGGCCUCUUGGAGGUAUUAACUGCGGGUCGCAAAGUAGAUACUUUGGUUACCACCGUGCGCAAUCAGACUCAUAUUUUGGAAAAUACUCUCAAGAAUCGCAUUAGACCGCAACUAGUUGAAUUGGCUGAUAUAUUCGAUCAACCAGUUUCCAAUCAAUCUGCUCUUUCCAUACUUUUUGUUUCGCUUAAUAUAGUGCAGGGCAAUGUAACAUUGGCCACAAAUGCUGCCAGUGAUAUACGAAGACCUUUGACCAGUGUUACUAUGACUAAAUUUUUGUCGGAUGGCGAUAGAAUGGAAUUGAUACGUUGGCCGGGUACAGUGGCCACUUUGGCUUUGCUUUUAGUGCUUUGUGCUGUGCUAUUGGUGGGUGUGGCCAGGCAUUCUCGCUGUGCUUUGAUAUUGUUUAGUGUUUGUGGCCUAUUGGCUGUCACUGGUUCGUGGCUAAUGUCGGGCCUGUAUUUGUCUUCGUCUGUGGCCGUGGGUGAUCUUUGUAUAAAUCCGGCAGACUUUUUAGUGUCGGUAGCACCACGCGAUCUACCGACCAAUGUUUUGCUGCACUACACCCAAUGUGAACCAGGCCACACCAAUCCAUUUACCCAGCGACUGAGAGAAUCACAGAAUUCCCUGAACAAUGCCCGCAGUGCCAUGGCUACAGUAAUGAAAAUUUCAUUGGUACUCUUCAAAUCCUCGGGCUUACAACCCAAACUAGGAGCAGUUAAUGCCGAUUUAAACAGUAGCGAACGUUUGUUGACCCAACUCACUGCCUUGGUGGAUUGUAAGACGGUACAUCACAAUUUUCUGGCCGCUAGUCGGGGCCUGUGUGAAGGCGGUUUACUGGGUUUGGUACUCAUGCUUAUUGCCAGCUUUAUAGCUGCCAUUUUGCUCACCAUUAUGGUAUGGGUUGAUUCUCACACCUGGAUCUAUAUAAGAAAGCGCAAUGAUUAUGCUCAGGUGGAUGAACCAUCUUAUAUAUCCCAUCCAGCUCCACAGAAUCAUCAACAAAUGCUGAAUGCUUCACGAACCUUGCCACGGAAUCACAAUGGACACUUUAGUCCUCCGGUGAUUAGUGGCUCGCAUACAUUGCAGCAUCCCUCGAAGCGCCAUGCACAGCACGAGAUGAUGGCCCAUGUGCACAUGCAGCAGAACAUGAGGGCUAUGGGCACGCAUACGCUUGGUCGUUUGCCGUCGCACAAUCAUAGCCCCACACACCUAAGCGGCCCAAAUAACGUCUGUAGCGAACCCAAUCGGCAAACAACGGCGGCCUCCCAGCAGCAGCAGCAACCACAGAUGGCUCCCCAACCGAUCUACUGUCAUCAUCCACAUCCCCAUCCCCAUUCACACGAAGCAGCAGCAGCGGUGGCAGCCGCCCAACAUCAACAUGCCAUUUAUCACCAACAGCAGCAACAAUAUGGCACCUACUCAACUGCUGCCCAUCCAGCUGCCCAUCAGCAUCAUCUGGUCGGUCAACAUGGUCAACCCAAUCAAAUCUAUCAGCAAAUACCCAGUCACAUGGCAGCCUUGGCCCAAAAUGGUGGCCAGGUUAAUAAUCCACACUCUAUAUAUCAACCUUUGGUGGCUGUUAACCAAGGCUCCAUUUACGUGUCCAAUUUGGCAACGAUGCGACGUCAAAAUUCCCAACAGACUGGUGUGAAUCCUCAAAUACCGGGUCAUCAUCCCCAGCAGGCACAACAACAGGUCUCAGGUGGCAGGAUGCCACCUUCCUCUCACCACCAGCAACAACAGCAGCAGCAGCAACAACAGCAGCAACAAAUGAAGUCGCCCCAAGAUGUUUUGAAUGUCUCACGCACCGAGUCCAUGGAUUCGGCCAUAUACGAUCGCGACAAAGGCAUUUAUAAGUGUUCAACCCUGAGACAGGGUGGUAAAUUUGAUCCCAAAUAUAAACCUUCAAUAUUAAAUUGUCCCCUGCCCGAGAUACCCAAAGACGCUGAUCCACCCAGUGUCGAGUCAAUAUAUCAGCAACAGAAACAACAGCAUCAGCAACAACAUUAUUCAAAAACUCUCCAAAGACCACCUAUGAAGUUGCCACCUCAAAUGAAAGCUAUACCCCCACCACGUGUUGGUACGCCCAAUUCACCACCACCACCACCCGACAAUACCGAUAAUAAUGGCGUAGGCGUUGGGGUAGGUGGAGUAGGAGUAGGAGGUGGAGUAGUAAAACCCUACAGCCAUCAAAAUGGUGGCAAUAAUCUGCACAUGGUGGCUUCUGAAACAACCACCAAUACGGGCAACACUGUUACGACUACCAAUACGAAUGGGUCUGAAACAAAUCGACAGAUUAACAACGACACAUCACUGCCACCCCCACCACCGAUUGAAACAACAGUAGGUUCACCGCCGAAAUCGAAUAAUAUAAUGCACAACAACAAUACAACUACAUCGAAAGCACAACAACAGCAGCAGCAACAACAACAGCAACACCUAAACGAAGACGAUGAUCUACCACCUCCUCCACCACCACCCGCCAUGAAUGAUGAUUCCAAUUAUGCGGUAACAGAACUUUAAGGAUCGUCCUUAACACAAACACCACUCAAGUAGUAGCCAGUCGUCGUCUUACGUUCGUUCUUCGUUUUUGUCACGGUUUUUUUGCAUGACAAUUUAAUGACACUUGUUAAAACUGUUAAACAUUGUAGCAAUUAAAGAGACAGAAAGAGAGAGAGCUAUAAAAAAGGAGCUCCUCUCUCUCUCUCAUUGAAAUGAUCAUUUAUUAUUGUACACUUAUGGACAAAAAUAAAAUACAUAUUAUUAAAAUUCUACAUUUAAAUGCUAGUUUUGUUUGUCCAUGGGUGUAUGUAAAUAUGUAUGUAGAAAGUUGUGUUCAGAUAUUUAAAACUAAAAAAAUUAAAUAUAAACAAAAACAAAACCAGAAAAUUUAGCAAAUAAUUAAAAAAUUGUUGGGGACUUAAACGGGUUAUGGGAAAAUGGGCAGUUUGGAAGAGUCUU